AUUUACAUUUACAGGAAUACCUACUUGCCUGGUAUCCCUGAGCUAUCUUGAAUAAAUCGGAAAUACUGAGUUGACAACAUUUUCCCGCCUUGCCCCACCCGAAGCGAAGCGCUACCCAUAUCGUCCACCCGGUACCAGCGUAUCCUUGCCAAUUGGGCAACCAUUUGGGGCCCAGCCGACUACGACAUCGACCUGGACACUGAUUACUGGGAAACAUACUAUGCUGUCGUCAAGGAAGACUUCGGGGAUUUAUAUGGACCGCCCUUGACUAUGACUGAAAAUGCAAGUCAGAAGAACAUACAUGGAGGGAGUUGGACCGUAUGCUACGCAUUUGGGCUGAGCAAGUGAGGAGCGGACAGCCAAUGUCAUACCAUCUAAGUCUAGGGAUAUUCGGUGGACCAAACGGGCGCGACAGACGAAUCUUAGAGAAUUUAAUUUCCGAACUGAAUGAACGCGAGAUGAACAACACGAUGAGAUAGACUCAAGACAAUGAUUAUUCUCCCUGACCCUGUCGCUUUG